AUGGCUGACGUCGUACUAGGUGCCCAGUGGGGUGAUGAAGGAAAAGGAAAACUGGUGGAUAUCCUCUGUGAUGACAUCGAGGUUUGUGCCAGAUGCCAAGGAGGAAACAACGCAGGUCACACUAUCGUUGUCGGAGACAAGAAGUACGACUUCCACAUGCUCCCGUCCGGACUUGUGAAUCCGAAGUGUGUCAACCUGGUUGGAUCUGGUGUUGUUGUGCACAUCCCGUCGUUUUUCGAGGAGCUAAGCAAGAUCGAGGAGCAAGGUCUCGACUGCAAAGACCGUCUUUUCCUAUCUUCUAGAGCGCACUUGGUGUUUGACUUCCACCAACGUGUUGAUAAACUUAGAGAGGCAGAGCUGUCCACCAAUAAGAAAUCCAUCGGUACCACUGGAAAAGGUAUCGGGCCAACGUAUGCCACGAAAGUGUCCAGAUCUGGUAUUAGAGUCCACCAUCUUGUUAGUGACGAGCCAGAUUCGUGGAAGGAGUUCGAAACAAGAUUGAGGAGACUUGUGGACACUCGUUUCAAAAGAUACGGCGAGUUCGAUUUUGAUGUUGAAGCAGAGAUCGCCAAGUACAAGGAUCUGCGCGAAAAAAUCAAGCCCUUCGUGGUGGACUCUGUCCAGUUCAUGCACAAGGCUCUAAAAGAAAAAAAGAAGAUCCUUAUCGAAGGUGCAAACGCUUUGAUGUUGGACAUUGACUUCGGAACCUAUCCCUAUGUGACGUCUUCCAAUACCGGCAUCGGUGGUGUGCUGACAGGACUUGGUAUCCCUCCUCAGAGCAUCAAAAACAUAUAUGGUGUUGUCAAGGCCUACACUACCAGAGUCGGUGAAGGACCAUUCCCUACGGAACAAUUAAAUGAGGUCGGCGAGAAGCUGCAGGACAUUGGUCGCGAGUACGGAGUGACGACUGGACGGAAGAGAAGAUGCGGAUGGCUGGAUCUUGUUGUGGUCAAGUACUCGUGUCUCAUAAAUGGAUACACCUCCUUGAACGUUACCAAAUUAGACGUUUUGGACACUUUCAAGGAGAUCAAGGUUGCUGUUGGAUACAGCUACAACGGCAAAAAGCUCGAGUCAUUCCCUGAAGACUUGUACAUUCUGGAGAAAGUGGAUGUCGACUAUGUCACUCUCCCGGGCUGGAACCAGGACAUCACCACGGUGAAGACCUACGACGCCCUGCCUGAGAAUGCCAAGAAGUAUCUCAAGUUCAUCGAGGACUUUUUGGACGUUCCUGUCCAGUGGGUCGGAACAGGUCCAGGCAGAGCUAGUAUGCUGGAGAAUCGUUUGUAA